AUGCCUCCUGCAAUGGAAGAAUCUUUCCUAGAAAAUAUCAAACACUUUGUUCCCAGCCACUACCAGUUGCUGCCCACCUCCAUUUGGAGCCGUUUGCCCGUGGUUCGCAGAGCCUCGGUGUUCAUUCUUCUCUUCAUGGGCCAGUUUGGGGAACUACGUGUGGUGUUGACUAAGCGGUCAUCGAGGCUCCGCAACUUCCCGGGCCACAUCUCCUUGCCUGGUGGAAAAGCUGACACUGCUCAGGAGCUGCCGUGGCAGGUUUCACGGCGUGAAAUGAGCGAGGAGAUAGGUCUCAGCGAAGAUAAUGAUCUCCUCUUGAAAAACUACGGAUUCACCAUUGACCACGUCGCCGAGUUACCUUGUUACUUGUCCCGGACGUUCUCUGCCGUCAGACCAUGUAUCGGAUUCAUGAAGUUUGACCCCAAGUUGUCUGAGCCGGAUCUUUUGCAUAACUUGAAACUUAGAGUCAAUCCGGGCGAAAGCUCCAGUAUCUUUUCGUGUCCACUCCGGGACUUUUUAUUUCCAGCAUCUGAUGAACUUCCACGUGAAGCACUUGAAAGAACGCACUAUUUGGUCAAAUGGGGAGGCAUUCCAUGGCAUUUGAGGUCAUAUACUUUUCUUCAGACAAACGACAAAGAGGUGAGCUGGCUCCGUGGUUUUGACGACUUGUCGGCAUCAGAGAUCUCUGAGGGUGAAGAGUCUGUAGACGAAGUGGAAAAAAGGGCUCAAACACCCCCUUUGGGAAAGGAAUGCUCACAUACUAAGAGAAGAAAGAAGGAUUUGUCUAGUUGGGGCAAAUUGGGCUCUCGCAGAGACUCUACCACCAACGAAAGGAUCUACGACGUCUGGGGACUUACCGCCAACAUCUUACAUGACUUGUCGGAGGUAGUUUACUUAGGUAAGUCGAAGAAUAAUCGCCAGUUGGGAGAGGAGGAGUUGAUCUGGAGCAUCUGGCACCACGGCAACCAAAUGAGGAAAAAGGAAAGAUCAGAAGCAGAAUCACGCCUCAUUUCUCUGACUCCAACUGAUACGGUCUCUUUCGGGGAAGUUCUUCCUCGCACUGAAUUCAAUCGGUUGAAGAGGCUCUACAAGAUUUAA